AUGUUCCAGUCAUUUACAGGGAGCUCUCGCAGACCGCGACAGGUCAACCUCUCAAACAGAUCAACAAAUACCUUCGCCGCACACCCUUCGGGACGUCCUACUCCAGCCGGCCCGGGACCGCAAUCAACCCUUGCCCUCGCGCAACAGGAACGGCUUCAGCGACAGUUGGACCGGGAGAGGUUGAAUGCUAGCCGCACCUUGCAGCGCACGUGGAGGGGACACAAAUCCCGGAUGGUAACGAAAGAGACGUGGAGACAGGAGUGGGAUGAUGUGGAGAGGAGAAGAGGGUUGGAUGUCUUCUCCGCUGGUUCAGACGUGGGAUCGUUGGACUCCUGGGUGGCUACUCCGCGGCCAUAUACGAACCCUACGGACUGCCUGUCUCAGCUGAGGAAGCUGCUGCGUUUUGUCUGGGUUAAGGAUCGGGAUGAUUGGGCGCGGCUGUCAUAUUUUGGGAAGUGUUUCCAGAUGACUUUGGAGGAAGCUCCUGUUCUCCAGCCUGAUGGGGAGUGGACACUCACACUUGAGCGGUUUGGAGGGGUUGUUCUGAAGUUUCUUGCUGUGGCGCCCACGUCCGUUGCGCCUGUGUCGGUGGUGAAUGAUCUUCUUCGGCUCGUUAUUUUUCUGUCUGUUUUGAUACCGAAACAAAUCACCCGUCUGGCUGAACAGUAUUAUGCCGUGUUAGCUUCGAUAACUCUAAACCUUCGGACACCCGCGCUGGAUUUCAGUCAGCUGAGGGAUAUGGUGGUGAAGAGUGUGCUCGCUCUUCUUCAACCCAUUACAUCGGAAACCCUCGAUGCUUACGAAUGGUUUGGCCGAAACUACCUAACAGUCCCGUCUCUUGACCACCAUCUCGGAAAGAUUGAUGACCUGGCUACUGGGGUGAACUACAAACUUCUGGCCUCCGCAAUAGAUUCACACAUCCUACCGUCCACGGAUUCUUUUCUCCAACUGAAAGAUGUGGACAAACGGCUUUGGCUGCUCUCCUAUUUUAUCUUCUUCCACCAACAUGCGAUGGGUGGUGGCGUAGUCAAGCAAUCUCCAGAGACCUUGUUUGUGAAAGUCGUGACGGGCCUACUCAGCCCUAUUGCUGGUGAUGUUUCCCGCGGGCUUGGGAUUGAAGAGCUGACUCAGUCUGGGCUCACGCCUCUUCCUCCUUUCAUUCGGAGUCAACUUCUCACCCUUGUCGAUCAGCAUAGCAUCACACAUCUUCUAACACAGGCCGAAUCAAGUAAAUCCCCCACCUCCGGAGCCUCUCAACAAUCGCAGCACCAGGCAUCAGAGGAUGCAAAGGCAUUAGCGGCUUAUGCACUAACACUUCUGAGAGUUUUCGCUAAGAGGGGAGAUGAAAUACGCAUGUGGCUCUACUUAGGCUCCGCAAUGGGAACAGGAAAAGAUGGUGACUCCGCCACAGGUCGUCUCCCUGCCAUUAAGUAUUUUUGGCAUGCCUCUAGGUCAACAAACGUGUUUCGGAAUAUAGUGCAAAACUCGCGUGAUGUCCUGGCAAUGCUUCAACCAGCUUCAGCCCGUAGUUCUCAGGAAGGAAAUCGAGUAGUCCAACAAAGCAACGAUCGUGACCGAGAAUGGACAAUCAUUCUGUUGUUUCUUGAGCUUUAUACAUUUCUCCUUAAAGUAUUGGAUGACGAUGAAUUCUUUUCCGUCACACCUUCUCUGGGGAGAACUACUAAAAACCCCAAUGACUCGUGGACACAAGAGAGCGCUCUCCCCCUCGCGGAUGUGAAAGAGUUAACUAUUUUCUUGAAGAAUUUGGCAUUUACGCUCUAUUGGAAUGCGGCAGAUUUAACAGCUUCAGAAGCAGAAACUAAUGAUCCAGGUGGUAUUCGCAAUUAUUUUGUAACCGGUGGUACAUCUCCAGAGCCAGCUUCUUCGACUCUAAAAUCCAAUGCCAGCAGCAUUCUUGUUGGGGCUACUGGAAUUCCUUUGGAUUAUUUCAAGGGGCUGGUGACGGGUUUGCUACGCAUGGUGCAUGAGAGGGACUCGAGGCGUAAGUUCUUGCCCGAUGGCCUUUUUCUGAUGGUUGAUCGCUUUGAUAUGGAAGGGUUCAUUCCCACGGUCGUUGCCGAGGAGGAAAACAGACACCAACUCCAAGAAGAAGACGAGGAUGAUGAACAAAGCGACGAGGCCCAGGAUGAGACAACGGAUGAUGGAUUGGAUCAAUCUCGAACACUUAUAGGCACUGGGCGAGCUCAACAGCUUCGCCGUAUCGAAGAGUUCAGAAAGCGAUAUCAGCAAGUUGCGCGGAGGAAAGAGCUAGAAGCUGUUGCACCUCGUCUGGAGAUCUUGCGGAAUAUACCGUUUUUCAUACCGUUCGCUACCCGCGUUCAGAUAUUCCGCGAGUUCAUCUACAGAGAUCAGGUGCAGAGACGACGAGGUUAUAUCGAUCCCGACUCCUGGCGCUUCUCUGUUGCUCACCACUCCCUAGGUGAGGAUGGGAGAUUGGGGAAUGACGUCUUAAGUAAACACCAUGCGACCAUAAAUCGAGAGUCCCUAUUUCAGGAUGCUUUCGAACAAUUCUACGACCUGGGUGACGGCCUGAAAGAACCCAUACAGAUCUCAUUUAUUGAUAAAUUCGGCACGCAGGAAGCAGGAAUAGACGGGGGCGGCGUUACGAAGGAGUUCCUAACUAGCGUUAUCGGUGACGCGUUUAAUCCAUCCGGCGACUCUAGCCUGUUCAUUGAAAAUGAUCAGCACCUGCUUUAUCCGAAUCCUACUAUUGUCGAGCAGCGAAAGGCGCAGCUUCGGCAUCAGGGUGUUAAAGAGAGGAGCGUGGAGUGGAAUAGGGAGAUUAAGGAUAUACUGAAACGGUAUGAGUUUCUGGGUCGGAUUAUAGGCAAGUGUCUUUACGAGGGGAUUCUGGUUGAUGUCAGCUUUGCGGGAUUCUUUUUGUUGAAGUGGGCUUUGACAGGGGGUACGAGUUCGGCACGCAAGGAGUCGUCGUACCGCGCUAAUCUCAAUGAUGUACGGGAUCUCGAUGAGAGCCUGUACCAGGGAUUGCUUCAACUAAAAAACUACCCCGGUGACGUCGAAGACUUCUCCCUGAACUUCACCGUAACCGAUACGGUAACCGUCCCCCUCACAACACCCACGGGCAAACCCUACACAACAACCCAAAGCACAACCAAAGAGCUAAAACCCCACGGCUCCGACAUCCCCGUCACAAACCAGAACCGCCUCGUCUACAUCUCCUACAUCGCCCGCCAUCGCCUCCAAGCCCAACCGUACCUCCAAACAAACGCCUUCCUCCAGGGGCUCGGGACAAUCAUCCAGCCAUCCUGGCUGUCCAUGUUCAACCAGUCCGAACUGCAGACGCUAGUAGGCGGUGAAGCGGGCGAGAUCGAUGUCUCCGACCUCCGCCGCAACACCGUCUACAGCGGCGUGUACAUUGUGGGUGACGAUGGGCAGGAGCACCCGACCAUCAAGCUGUUCUGGGAGGUGAUGGAGGCGAUGACGAACGAGGAGAGGCGGAAGGUACUUAAGUUUGUGACGUCGACGCCGCGGGCGCCGCUGUUGGGGUUCAGCCAUUUGAACCCGCGGUUCAGCAUUCGGGAUUCGAGCGUGGACGAGGAGAGGUUGCCUAGUACGAGCACCUGUGCGAAUCUGCUGAAGUUGCCGAGGUAUACGAGGCGGGAGACGUUGAGGGAGAAACUUAUGUAUGCGAUUAAUUCAGGGGCUGGGUUUGACUUGAGUUGA